AAAAAUCAGUUGGUUGCGAGAUAACAAACCUUACAGAGAUAUUUACGUUUUUCAAAUAAAUAUUGUGCAAAAUCAUUCCAUUUAAUUUAAAGCAAAAUUAUAUAAUUUGUUUUACUAAUAACAAAUAAAACAAAAAAAUUUUAAAGAAAAAUUAUUACUCUAGAUAAAAAGGAAAAAAAUUACUUUACAUAUACAUAAAAACAGACAUCAGCAAGGAAAGAAAAAUUAUUUGACAUCAACAUAUUUUCCAAAGGAUUCUGUAUAUACCGUUAUACAUUCAGUGCACUCUCACACUUGCUACUGAUUAUUGGAGAGAGAGAGAGAGAAACAAAAUAGUUUUUAUAUAAUGGCGGAUGUUAUGGAUAAAAGCUCGGUUAUGGAAGCUGCCGCUACUAUUGCAGUAGAUCCUGUUCCUGUUAGUGCUCCAGUAUUGUUGAAUGAUGAUUUACAACAUGUUAAAGAACAGGUACAAGUACAACAACAACAGCAGCAGCAGCAAGAACAAAAAAUUCCUGCAACAUCUGUACCACAACAGGAUAUGUUGCAACAGCAGCAGCAACAAACAGCCACCCAACAAAUUAUAGAUACUAAACAACAGCCACAAACAAUCCCACAGAUUAUAGAUACAAAACAACAACAGCAGCAGCAACAACAACAACAAAAUCCACCACAACAAAUUGAACUUAAAGAAGGUGAUAAUGACAGCGGUGUAGAUGAGUCCACUCAGGAGAAGGAACGCAACGGACCUGGUUCGCCCAGUUCACCAGCUAAGACUCCAACUUCGGUAUCAUCGAAACCAGAAAAGUUAGCAACUACUUCACGACCACCCAGUACUACACCAUCUACUAAAUCUACGAAAUCGCGUAGUACUUCACGUAAUCGUUUGCUAUUGAAAACACCUGAACCGGAACCAGUCAAGAAAGUUCCAAUGAAUAAAAUUCAAGUUGGACACGCUCCUUCACCUAAUUUGAAGGCCGUACGCUCCAAAAUUGGAUCUCUCGAUAAUGCCAGCUACAAGCCAGGUGGUGGCAAUGUCAAAAUCGAAUCGAAGAAAAUUGAAAUUAAAGCCGCUCCAAGAAUUGAGGCUAAGAAUGAUAAAUAUAUACCAAAAGGAGGCGAGAAAAAGAUAAUUUCAACAAAAUUACAAUGGAAUGCCAAAUCGAAAAUUGGUUCCUUAGAAAAUGCCAGCCACAAGCCAGGCGGUGGUGAUAAGAAAAUUGAAUCAAUUAAAACUGAUUUCAAGAACAAGGCUACGCCAAAAGUUGGCUCCAAAGACAAUGUUAAACAUCAACCAGGUGGUGGUGACAUCAAGGAGUCUAAAGAGCCAGAACCACCAGCCAAGGAUAUCCAAACACAAAAACUCGACAUUAAGGCACAAAGUAAAGUUGGUUCUUUGGACAAUGUUAAGCACAAGCCCGGUGGCGGUGAAAAGAAAAUCUUUGACGAUAAGGAUUAUUUGAAAAAUGUUGAACAUGGUGCUCCCUUAACCACACCACCAGCUCAGAGUCCACAACCACCAGCAUCCAUGACGACUUCAACAACUGGUGCCGAUGAAAAUUUAAAUCAGCAUACAUAAAUUUGUUAAAAUAAUUACAAAAAAAGAAAACAAAAAACAAACAAAUACAGAAAAUAUUUUGACCAAAACAAAAAAUAAAAACAAAUUUAAAACAAAAUUAUAAUUGAAAAUGCAUAUUUAAAAAACAAGAAAUUGUUAUUGAAAAAAAAAAAAAUAAAAUUCAAAACAUUAUAUUUAUCAUCUUCAUAUAAAAACCUACCUACAUUUAAAAACCAACCAACAAAAAGAAAUUAUCUAUAUAUUCAACAGUUAAAAAAAAAGAUAUUUAAUAAAAAGAAAAUAUUCAUGUUCAUCAUUAAAAGAUAACAAAAAACACACUUUACACUUGAAAAACUAAAAUGGCAAUAAUUAAGAAAUUUUAAUUUUUCAACAUUUUUAUUUUAUGCUUUAAUGAUUUGUAAUGAUUGUAUAAUUAAUUAAUUAAUUAAUAAAAUUUAUUUGUAGUACUUUUUACAUACAUCUUUUAUGUUGCCUUAAAUAGUUAAAAUUAUUUCUUAGUUUCUGUAUUAAAGAACACAUUUGUAAUUAUUUUGUUUUUUUAAUUAUAACAAGUAAUAAACUUUAUAUUAAAUACCAAAAAAUGGACCGUUAUUAGUAGAGUAACUUAGAAACCACCAUUCAAAAUAAAUUUGAAAUCCAAAAUAUACAAUACAACCACUGCAUUAUCACAGGGUUUCUGUUUAAUAAUUUGUUAAAGUUUCCGUUUUUUAUAUGUAUACUCGAGAAACCCUAGAAACAUUUUUUUAAAUCUAAAUCUUAUACGAAAAUACAUACAUACUUACAUAUUUACUCGUUUAUAAAAAUUUAUACGUAUUUAAAAUAAAUAAAGUAUGAAAUACAUACAAAUAACAAAUAUUUAUAUUGAAAAAAAAGUAACAAAAAAAAUAAAUUAAAUGAAUAAAUGAAAAUUUAAAAAA